UUUUGUUCACAGUCAACAUGAAUGGAACACACUGAGCACAACACUAAAGUGUUACCAUUUUGGUAAGUUUUAAUUUGAAAAAACCUCAGUGUGCUAGUUAAAGAGUUCGAGGUGGAACGUGUGUUGGUCGUUUGGUGUUCGGUUGGCUUCGGAUUGUUUUAUUUUUUUCGCCAUUCGCCAAUUUCUUCGGUUUAAUUACUAAUUUCAAUAAACUAUUUAUCGAGUUAUAUUUCACAAGUGAACUUCAACGUGUUAGUAGUAAUUUGUAAACAUCUUCUACGAAGGAAACCUUCGGUCUCAGAGUAUGCUGAACAGUUACAGUUUUCGUUGUUAAAUCAUCUUAUCGAAUACGAGCAAUUAUCAUAAAAAAUGAAAAAAAGGAAUGGCAAAAAGAAGAACGAUUUCGUAAAAAAGUUUUCAGUCGGAUGAAGAUAUAUUGAUCGUGAAUUAAUCAUAUUUGUCUUUGAGAGAGAAAUAAGCACACUCAAACCAAGCCAUGCAUUGCGCAAAUUUAGACGGUCCAGUGAAAGGCGCCACGCAUCCGUCGCCUCAGCGUUUAGCGCAGCAGCUACAGCAGACCACGGAGACGAAAGAAGAAGAGAAUUUGAGAUUAAUAAAAAGCGUACUGGAUGCCGGUAUUUUGAUACUGGAAGGUCGACUUCCCGAGCCAACGUCGAAACGAGGUUACGUAGAAGGCCCUCAUUGCGUAUUACACCCGGAGUCUCGAGAACAUCAAUGUGAUUUAGAUAGAUACAUGUGCCAAAGAGCUGAAAAGUAUAGACAGUUGAUGAGUACUUUAUGGAAUGAAUACAAAGGUAUUUGCAUCGAAUUACGAAUCUGCGCUAAUUGCGAAUGCGGCGAAGAACAAGUUUGGAAAAAUACCUCUUCAAAUUUCGAUCAUAUUCUGGAACAGUGGUGCUUCGAAUUGACCAAUGUUAGAAACGAAGACGAAGAUCUCGGGAUAAUGAAUUGGCACGGUUUAAUGCAGGCUAUUCGAUCGCAGAUUCAUUUCUCACAGCUGUCAGCCUGGUGGUCCAGUAAUUCGGCUCAAUUACCAAAGAAUAUUACCUAUCACGUAUUACCAUUAAGUCAAGCUGAUGCAAAUAGCUGUUCGUUACAGCAUAAGUUCCCCGUGCUUUCAUUUACCACAACGUACCUGCAGGUCAAAUUACGAAGUCAACCACGUAGCGAAACGUUACCAAAUGUUCAUUGUCCUGUUCACUGUAAUAAGGAUGACGUAGUAGUAGACGAUAGGAUGAAAAUUACGUGCGAUAGAUUCGGUAAACAUCAUUGCCAAGCUGUGGAAGACUUGGAUGAAAAUGAUAACGAGACUUGGUGCGAUAAGCAUAAAUUCGUCGACGCUUUUGAUAAAACCGCCGAUCACCCGUUUGACCUGAUACGCGGAUCCGAUAAAAUCACCAGCGAUGUGUUACCCUUACCCGUACCCAUCAGAAACGGGCAUACUCAUAAACAUUGUAAAAAGAAGUGUUCGAGUUCGGCUUCCAGCGCGAAAUCUGUCAGAGAAAAUGAAGGAGCGUUGAAACGAGAUUUGAUCAAUGGUCGUUUCAACGGUGCUGUUACCUUGGAGACUAAUUCGGAGCCUAGGAUAUCUAUUCAUAGAGCCAGAUGCUAUUACAGUCCUUCUUCCAACGCUGUGUUUAUCCUCUCGAGCCAGAAAAAUUUACCGGAAGAAUUUGGCGAGAAGAAAUUACUCUAUUCUCCAAAAACGAACUACCUGUCGAUAAAUCAACCUCACGUCGGAGGCUCGAACGAAGACAAGAAGUUCGACUUAUCCGCCGGUAAAUUAGCCGAAGAAACUACGACGCAAUUUUUCAAUAUUUGCAAUUGGACGAACACGAUGGUAUCGAGCGUUGUAUCGAAAAUGAGAAAUGGCAACUCGUUCCUUAAUAAUUUACCGGAUCCGAACUCGUUGAGCGAUUUUUUCACCUUUUCUAAGCCCGAUUCUGUGGAUAAAAAUUGCGUCGAUAAAUCUGGCUCGCACGAGGCAGUGAUCGCCCAAGGAAUUAAUUUCAACUCGGACGCUAACAAUGGGCAUGGGCGAAUUAAUUCGAACUGCGAAUCGAACGACGGCGGAAGUAGCGAGUAUUAUGAAAAUAAACACCAGUGUAUAAAUGCCAUUGCAAAUACAAUCACAAUCGCAGACACCAAUUGCAAAAUUAAUAAUUUAAAAAGUAGCCCGUCAGAUUCCUUAUGCAACAGCUCUUCUUCGAUAAAAAUGGAAAUGAAUCUGGAAGAGACGAGAAGCAAAGCUUUUAGAAAUUAUUAUAAACCAUCCGCCUUGCACGAGAAAAAUUUCGAGGAAGUUAAAUUGAAAAGUUUUCGCGAGAAACGUUUCCAUUUCGAGAGUUCCGCGUCUAGAAAACGUUUGUUACCAUUUGUCGGAAAUGUGAUAGAAUCAGUUUUAAGCGGUCGAGUUCAUUUUACCAAUUGUAUAGAAAAUUUUAAAAUCAAAGUUACAUGCGGAGGGUCAUUUGGAAGUAUACAGAACAGCACCACGGAUUUACCAGCUGCCGCUUAUUAUUACCAUUUUGGAGAUGGAAUUUUAUCCAAAUCGUAUUUAGUUAAAAGUUUCAUUCCAGAAAACGAGAAAGGUAUCCAAAUUCCUAGCUCGGGUCGACUUCAGAUAGGUAUUUUCAACACCGAAGAAUCGUUGAUCAAAGUUUUCACAGUAUCUUACGAUUUAACCGAUAUGCCUCGUUGUACCAAAACGUUCCUACGUCAUAGUAAUUAUUUCACGCCCAAGUGUAGCAGCGAAAAUAACGUGAAAUGGUUACAGUCGUUUUUACAAUUAAAAUGUAGGUGCUCGAAAUCAGGCCGUUUAUAUCUGCAGAGCGAAAUAAACGCCAUCAUGUUCCAAAAAUCCGAUCUAAAUACGGCCUGCGAGUUCAAAAUGAAAACCGAUUUAAUGCAUCAAGAUAUCACCGAAAUAGCCUACAAAACAGACCAGUCGUAUUAGGCGGGGGAAAAGAAAAAUCCGCACACAUCGGAUACACUCUUAUACAUUUAUAUUAUGGUAAAAUUGAUCGUAGCGUCGUUUUUUUCCCUCUCUCGCGUGCGCAGAAUUGCUCAAGAAGAAGAAAAAAAAAUCGAUGUAUUUUUUUAAUUCAUACCUCUUUGUACUAUAAUUUUAAUUACCAGUCUGGCGAGUCCCCUAAUUUACGGAAUUAAUAUCCGUCUACAGUGUUUUUUUUUCUUUUUUUUCCUUCAAUUAUUCCAGAAUUUGCGAAAAAUUAUUUUAAUUUAUUUAAUUUUAUAUAAUGUAACCUGGGUGGAGUUUGUUUUAGAAAAGAUCGAUUUAAGGAGUAAAUCGAUGCGACGACCCAUAGUUUUUUUUUUUAUUUUAUGUUCGAUACAUAAAGAUAUCGUAAUAAUAUUUCAAUUCAGGCGUCCUUUGCAUGUUUUCAAUUUAUUCGAGAAAACAAAGUACAAAUUAGAUGUAUGUGUUUUAAUCAUACUUACCAUAUUCGUGUUUGUCUCGGUACAUCCCGUGUUGUAAUUAAUCUUUUUAUUUUUUUUUCUCCAAUUGAGGCAAUUUUUGAGCUUAUUAUAUUCGUGUAAAAUGUGUAUAGUAUGAGGUAAGAAACGGUAAAAUAUUCGUGUCACCUUAGAAUUCCCCUUUUUUCCUAUUUCAAAGGUGAAAAAAAUUGAAAAAAAUUUCACCUCUGUUUCCAAAACAAACAAAAAAAAACACAUUCGUGUAUUUGACCAUUUUUUUUCUUUUUUUUUCAAUUUACUACUAAUAGAGUAUUAAUGUGUAUGUGAUUAUGUUAUUUUAUUUAUUUUAGAUCUCAUCGAAUUUUUUUUAUAGUUAAGUUUAGGCGUAUUGUAGUGGUUUUUUUCCUUUUUUUUUCUUUUUUUAACUCUCUUACAUUUACCUACGUUGUUAAUUGAACUUCGAAUAUACGAAGAUGUAGUUCGAAGUAAAUACCUUGUUUGGUACAAUAAGUUUUGUCUCUGUGAUUUUCACCUUCUUCACGUUUCAAAUUUCUCUGAUGUUUUUCUUUUUUUUCUUAAUUUUUUUUUCUCUUCGUUGUCUGAUAGUUUCAAUAAUGUGUAAUUACUAUACUAUUGAAUGAAAAAAAUGUCUGUGGUGUAAAUUUGUAUAAUACGUACUGUUCCCUUCUUUAGGAGUUUAUUUUAGACGCGUCCACUAGUGUAUUUUUACAAUUGUUGUUGCGUUUUUAUUUCGUGUUAAAGUAAUAUAUUAUUUGAUUAAUUUAA